UGCUAACAGAAUUUCCAGUCGAGAUUCUUCAUCAUAUCGUCACGCAUAUCGACGAAGCCAGCGACGUCUUAUCUCUUGCCUUGACAUGCUCUCGUCUGAAAGCUGUCACGAUCAUGUUUCCUCUACACUAUCGUGCUUUCACUUGGCCUACCCACGAUGGUACCUGGUAUACUGGAUCUACCUCAGUCAAAGACCCGAAUCCUUUCGGAGAACUUCGCGUAGUCUGCGAAGAAUUUCUUAGCGCAGCUCCUCACCGUUGGGACGCAAUCCGUGCCAUCUCGAUCGAUAAGUCGGGAACACGGGAAGCCCCGAGGUUCAUGCAAGAUUACGUUCGCGGUGACGGCUUUGUUCUGCCAGAGUUGCCAGCUGCUAUGUACGAGAAUAUGGCACAACUUGCGAACAAUUCAUUUGUGAUAGGUCAACGUGUCGAUGCCCGCAAGAUUCUGAUGACCGAUAAAGUAGACAACAUUCUGUGUCGUAUGCCUCAGUUGACUUCGAUCACGUGGCGUUGGUUCCCGCCCCAGCUCGACAGCCCAAUUUGGCCCGUGUUGGAUACGAUAUCUGGUCUUCGAAAGGUCACCUUUGUCUUCAAUACCCAUUUCGCAACCGGUUUUUCCAGUAUUGUCCUGUCAUCCAUUAUUGCACGCCUCGUUCAGUCCAUCGCCAACUGCAAGAUGUUAGAAGUCCUGCAAAUCAACGUGCCUAUCGCUCGGAACGUCUAUCAUGACCCCACUUGGAAGGUCGACCCUAUCCUCGAGCUCACGUGGCCUUUCCUCUAUCGUCUAUCCCUAUCCCAUGGGCGGAUCACUUCUGCUCAGAAGUUCAUGGAUUUCCUCACGCGACAUAAUCGCCUCAAGGAACUCAGCAUAUCCGAUUCCCUCGUUCCGUCCAUCAGAGGGAAGAACGAUCAGCUUCCCAGGAUUCAGGACAUGGACCUUGCCAACUUUCGCCUGGCCAAGGCCCUGCUGCCGAAGACGUCGAAAUCGACGCUGGACCCCUGCCCGACACAUGCCCUUCGUAUUCACAGUUCGCUCUCCAGGACAGACUUUGCUGCUUUGUGCGACAUUCUGCCUGGAAUUGCCAACUUCCUGCAGAAGCUCAGCAUCAGUCUUACCGAGACCUCCGAUCAAGACAUCAUGACUGUCAUUGAUGUUGCCCCGAAUCUUGUCCGCCUUGAGAUAUCGGCACGCGAGGUAAUCACUGUGCUGACCGGUGUAAAAAGACUGAGGAGUAAGCAAACAUUGAAACGCCAGAACUGGGGGCCAAUGCGAGACUGGAAGGAUCUCAAGUUCCCCAUUGACUUUAUGAACCAUCUAACUCCAUGGGCGACAGCAUUUCGGAAGGCACCCCGGCUGGAAUCACUGCUCCUUCGCUGCUUGCCCACGUCCGCUAGUCACAGCCAGCCGUCGAUGUACGACGACACAAAAAGUGUUUCACUCGAGGAGGCAUUCCGUGCUAUCCUCGAUGUGAGCAGAGUAGAGAGUCACAUGCUGGUGGGCAGGGAUAUGGGACUGGAAAUCACUUGCUAUCGGAAGGAAGCUCAGCAGAGCAUGGAGGCCAAGACCGAUUGA